AUGAGUUCUGACGAAGAAGAUUUUAAUGAUAUUUAUGGUGAAGAAACGAAUAGCACCCCAGUCAUUACGGCUUCAGUUAAUGGUGAAAAAGAUGUAAAGACGGUGAAAGAAGGACCGGAAGGUGACCAAAAGGCGGGGGAAGCUUUGGAAAUGAAUAAAGAUACCAACCAAGUUGGCCAAAGUAACAAGGACCAACCAAGUCAUUUAGAUGCUUUGCAAGCGUUAUCAUCUCAGAUGAAUCAAGUAUCUACAACAAAUAGUAAUAAUAUUAAUAAUAUUAAUAAUAAUAAUAAUAGUAAUAAUAAUAAUUCUAAUUUUGCAAAUAAUACGAAUUUGGAUAGUACUAAUAAUGUUAAUAAUAACAAUGAAGUUUCACCUGUUAAUAAUGUUGUGGUUUCACACACAAAUAAUUUGGAUGACAAUAAUGGUGACGCGAAUGUGAAUGGCAAUAGUAACAAUUUCCCUCAACCAGGGGGAAUGCCCUGGGGUCAAUUUCAACAAACAAUGCCAGGAUUUCCAAAUCAACAACCAGCUAUGUUACCACCACAACCACAACAAAAUGUUAAGGCUGACAUUUCAAAAGAUAGUUGUAAAAUGUUUAUAGGUGGAUUGAAUUGGGAAACAACAGAAGAUGGUCUCCGGAAUUAUUUUAAUAAGUAUGGUAAUGUCAUUGAGUUGAAGAUAAUGAAGGAUGGAGCAACAGGUAGAUCUAGAGGUUUUGGGUUUUUAACUUUCGAACAUCCAUCGAGCGUUGACGAAGUGGUUAAAACACAACAUAUAUUGGAUGGUAAGGUUAUCGAUCCAAAAAGAUCAAUUCCAAAAGAGGAACAAGAUAAAAUCGGUAAAAUAUUUGUUGGCGGUAUCGGUACAGAUGUCCGUCCAAAGGAAUUUGAGGAAUUUUUUGCCCAAUUUGGGACUAUCAUUGACGCUCAAUUAAUGUUAGAUAAAGAUACUGGUAGAUCAAGAGGGUUUGGUUUUAUAACUUAUGACUCAGCAGAUGCUGUCGACAAAGUAUGCCAAAAUAAGUAUAUAGACUUUAAAGGCAAGCAAAUAGAAGUUAAGAGAGCACAACAGAGACAUUCACACGGUAAACCGGCGGAUGCUUCAAACAGUCAGAUGCUAACUCCAAAUCCUAUGGCAACGCCAGGGAUGGUGAACCCGAUGGGUCAGAUGUAUCAAAAUCCAAUGAUGCCAGGUUUUAAUCCGAUGUUCAACCCUCAAGCAAUGACUGAUUAUUACCAAAGAAUGCAGGACUACUAUAAACAAAUGCAAGCACAAACAGGGAUCGACUACUCACAAAUGUAUCAACAGCAGAUGGCCAUGAUGAUGCCUGGAUUUUCCAUACCUCAAGGAACUGAUGGGUCAGGUUCCCCAACAUCAGAUUCCGUAACUCCAUCUACGCAACCAGAAAUAUCAGAGGCAAAUAAUGAAGAAAAUUCAUCUUCUAAUGUUCAAACAAUUGGGGAAGAAUCUGCACCAGCACCGGCACCAGCGCCUGCACCUGUGACUAUAGAGCCAUCCAUCCCUACAACGGAUGAAGAAAAAACCAGGGCACCAGCUUCGCCACCGCUGCUGAAUCUUCCAAAGGGUCCGAGAGACCCAACUGCAACAGCUACGAUACAUCAUCAAUACCAACGUAACAAUGACCGUGGUCAUUAUUAUUCUAAUGGUAGGGAUAGAAAGUAUGGACGUGAUGAAGAUCGCGAUCGCGAUCGUGACCGUGGUCGUGGCGGUUACCAUGGAGGACAUCGUGGUGGGUACCGUGGAAAUCGUGGACGUGGAGGAGGAUACAAUAAGCGUAAGAACGGGUAUCGUCCGUAUUAA